AUGGCAAAUAACCUGUGCAUCUCCUCGUCCCCGGUCCUGGGGCUGAAGGGUCAAGGAAACCAGCAAAAUGAAGUUCUCUGGAGGGAAGUUGUUUCUCUCCGUCAGAACCACACGCAGCAGCAGAAGGUGAUCAACAAGCUGAUUCAGUUUCUGUUUGGCCAGCUCCAAUCAAACCCCAGCAGCACCGGGAUAAAGAGGAAGCUACCUCUGAUGCUUGAUAACGGGAUCUCAACUCCACAAGUGCCCAAGUUUGGCCGGCAUUUGUCCACGGACCCUCUCCAUGACCCCUAUUUCAUUCAGUCGCCACCAACAGAACCUGCCUCAUGCUUAAGCAGCCCUGCAAUUGCUGGAGGACCCAUCAUCUCUGAUGUUACUGAAGCAUCACCAUCCAGCUUAAUACACAUGCAAUCCCCUCCUGAGAAUGACAGAAAGUGGCUCUUCCAGACUUCAGCAAAGAAUGGGAUAUCAACGCUUGUCUUUAAUCCCAAUUUGUCCCUGAACGAGUGGAAUUUGACCGAGAUGGAAGCCAGUUUGUCCCCGAUGCAGCGACUCACAGUGGAUCUGGAGAAGAAUGCAGCUGAGCUGCCCCCGAAAGCGUUCAACCCGCCCUUUAACAGUGCCUGCCCAGGGAAAGAUGUCAUUCUUGAAAGCACCCAGCAGUUCCUUGUUGAUCGUCAGCCAAUCUUUGGAAAUGACAUUAUCAGCUUGCCCGAAAGUUCAGCACUUUACGUUCCGUCGGCAAACAUGGCUCCUUACCUGUCCUCCGCAGCUGUCCAGGGUGAUAUCCCGUUAAACCUGAGUGCUUCAACUGACAACAGCCAGUGAUUUAGCUUCCAAGAUGGUCGCAUCGCCCUCCCAUCCAUCCAAGCAGCUACAGGUUUGAAUGUAAAGAGACAAAAGUGACUCAGAAACCCACCACAGAGUCGUGCCCUUUCUUUCUGAGUAGUUGGAAAUGGUCAGUAGCUGUGGCAUUAC